ACAGUCAGAAUUUAUUUUGAAGAUCAAGCUGUAAAUAGUGUACAAUAAUAAUUAUUAGUGCUGUGGCAAUUAUUAUACUUAUUGCCACUUGCUGACCAUCCUGCUGUAGCAUUUACGUAUAAAAAGAUCGAGCAAUGGCCGACACAAACGUCGAAAACAAACCGAAAAUUUCUGACCAGGAGCACGAACUGGAAAUAGCCGCUUUCAACGAGUUCCAAAAAGCCGAUUAUGAAUCCUGCCUCAAAACACUUCUCAAGCUGCAGAAAACUCAGGACUCCAACCCGAAGGUCAUCCACAACCGAGCGGUGGCGGAGUUUUACCUGAGCGAUCUACGAAAGUACGGUCAGUUCCGGAAGACGAUGAUUCAGAUCACGGAACUGGUAGGGGAGAUCCAGUCGGUGGAUGUGAAACAUCCGGAGCUUGCAGCGGCAUACGUCAAUCAGGCGAUGAUACUGUAUCACUUUAGGCAACCGUUGGCAGCGCUAAAGAUCAUGAUGGCAGUUAUGGGACACUUUGAACAGUUGGACGAUUAUCUGCUGAGAAAGGCCGGGAUAUUCACGGUUCAUCUGCUGUUGGACACGAACCAACCGAAGAAGGCAAAUUGGCUGCUGGGGAUGCUGCAGACGCGCUUGAGCAUACGGGUGCAGGAGAUUCUAAACCCGGACGAUGAAGAGGAAAAGGUGAUUGAUAACGAAAGUCGGAAGGAUAUUUCGGAGAUUCAGUUUGAAGAAUUUCGGAAGGAAUUCCGCCUGGUAUUGAUUAGAUCGAAUUUGCUUAACGGGAAGAAGAAUUUUACAAUCCCUUGCGACGAGUCGUCGGAGUAUUCGAUUCUGAAAGGCCAUCAGUACUACCUGGGAAACGAUUAUCAGAUGGCUGCGAAGGAACUGUCGAAACGGUUCGUAAAUGAACCGAAUAAGGUUCUGACACACGGAGAAGAUCAAAAUACGUGUUUGGCUAACAACAUGGGAUUGAUACAUUUUGCUGUAAAGCAUUACGCGCUAACUGCCAGAUUCUUCCAGCAAGCUCUUUUGUUUGACCAGGCUGCAACGGGUAACACUUCUACUGAGAAGGUCGAAGGAUCUCCUUUGUACUGCGUCGGUGCGACGAAACGACCGGAAAUUCUCUACAACCACGGCAUCACACUGCUACACUUGCAGAAACCGAGGGAAGCUUUCGAAUGUCUUUUAGUGGUGCUGAAUUCUUACCACAACAAUCCAAGGCUAUGGCUACGAUUGGCCGAAUGCUGCGUAAUGGUACACCAGCAAACGCAGAAGGAACAAACCAAGAAUGUGGCAACAGUGUUACAGCAUAGGAAACACCUACAGAAGCGCCCAUUUAACAUAGAAGAACAAUCGGCUGCUAUUCCUAGCACAACGUUAGAAUUUGCUUCCCUCUGCCUUCGCAAUGCCGUCACUUUGAUUGACUUUCACACCAAGGAAAUGGUAAAACAGAUGGAAGCCGCUGAGAAACCCGUAUCGUGGGACAAAACCUACGAAGGUGUACCGUGCAGCCCAUCGCAACCGCUGAAACCAGCAAGUCUGGAGAAGCUCCGAAUCGCUACCCUCAGUGCCUACAGCUACGUCCAGCUGUGUCUUGGUGACUAUACUCUAGCUCUGAAGUACGCCCAGGAGACCUUGACCAUUGAGGACCUUCCGGAGACCCAUCAGACUCUGGCGUCGAUGUACUGUGCCGAAGCGCUGAUCAUGAUGGAUCGCAUUCCGGAAGCACUGGUCUACCUGGAUCCCAAGCGGAUGCAGGACUUCAAGGGGGAGGAUUUUACCACUCGUGGAUCGCCUAACUGGAGCAUGAACACGCUGGAAGCGGCGCAAUCCGUGGUGCACUACAACCUGGCGGUGACACUUUUCACCAUGGGCGAUUACGAGAAGGGCAAGAUUUGUAUGAGCGCAUGCACCCAUCCGGUCGUGAUCCCGAACCUGAAGAUGCUCAAGAUGUACUACGAGCUGGUGUUCGGUAAUGUGGAAAAGGUCAAGAUGAUGGCUCGAUACGAUGCGGCUAAUUUGGUGUGAAUGAUGUUUUACUUUGUGGCAAUACAUUUGUGCGGUGGUUAUAAAAA